ACCAGAAAGAACUGAGCAGGUCAGAGUCAUCAAUUGCACGCUUUGCAAGAAGAAUUCCUUACUAUGUCGAGGAAUGCUUUGAAAUAUGCUGGCUCAUGACUGUCAAUGACCCUCCUGUUGUAUUCGGUCCUAAUAUCUCUAGAGGGGAGACGUUUGACACAGACAUGUAUUCGGUGUACACGAAUAACGGCAAUAAGGUUGAUUUCAUUGUAUGGCCAGCAUUAUUAUUACACUCAUACGGGCCAGUCCUCUGCAAAGGUGUAGCUGAAGUGUUUAGUGACACACGAGGUCCAAAGUCUGCUCCGCCAAAGAGCAAAAUGGAAUCGAAUUUCAGCAGAAUAACCAGUGAAAAUGAAAAGCCGUUAUCCACUGCCGCGACCAAGAAAUCAACACAUACGGUACCAUCCAGACAUGAUAUAGAGAUGUUCAUGGAAUGGAGGGAAAUAUUUGGAAAAGACCGUGCAAGGGAAAUGAUUGGUGGCGAGAGAUAUGACAACAUUCGCAUGUACUGCUUACAUAGCCAACUGAUUUAGCUCAACCAAACAGAAACUAUACCUCCGAACUGACAAAAAUCAUUAUAUUUAUUUUAUGCAAUUCUUUAAAUACUGAAGCGCCCCAUGUGGUUCUGGGACGAUCUGUGUAUGAAAAGAAUUGGAACCACUGCCUUGCCCUUGCAUGAUCGUAAGAGGCGACUAAUAGGGUCUUAACACUUGGUUUUGCAGUAACUCUGUGGUUCCAACAGGCAUGCAAAUUUUUAUUCCAUACCUCACGUUUUUAUUUCGAUGUAAAUGAGGUGUGGAACCAAAAUUUGUAGUCCUGUUUGGUGCCAUAUAACCUGUACUGUGUUGGUGCACUGUAAAACCCAAAUAAAUAAAUUAAUUAAAUACUGAAACGGACUUUUAAAGUUCAAGUAAUCGAGUUAUAAAUUUAGAAUUUGACUUUAUAAGUAUAUAUCUUUAUAUAACAAUUUUUUAGACCAUGUGAUUGUUGAAAUAUAUUUUUACCAUGUACAUUUAACACGCUUUAAUUACCAAUUAUUUUGUUAGUAGAUGUGCAUUUUACCGCUGCAAAAUAAAUAGCAUCAAUCUAAUCCUUCACUGACGUAGUAAAACUGGGAGACAUUAUACCGUCCGUCUUUCCGCAAAACAAGCCCUUUGCCGUUUGUGCUUAAAUUACUGUAUCAGGCAUUAUUAUAAUAACCAGCUAUUAUCUGUGAUAAGUAAAAAUUUGAAUUACAUUUAAUAUU